AUGGGAUUCACUUCUUAUUAUGAUGAUUACUAUGCCGUAGAUGAUGGCAACAACAAUUCAUGUCUUUUAUUUUUCCGUGCUCUCAUGAUGUGUGUGAAUGUCCUCUUGACGGCUGGUGCUGUGAGCGGCCUCACCGUUGGUUUGAUUGAACGCAGUAAAGUGGAGUCCACACUGAAGGAAUUGUGCCCGUACUGCACGGCGGUGUUUACGGCGUACAUUGUGGCCUUUGCGGCUCUUCUCGCCUUUUCACUUCUCGGCUUUCUCGCGCUCUGUACACGAAAUGUGUGUUUGCGUAUUUUAUACUUUAUCUCUCUGCUGGUGGUGUUUGCGGUGGCGCUGGCGGUCUCGUUGACGUACGCCCUUCUCGGCUCUCAACAUAUUGACUUGGAGCGUGGAUGGAAAGAUGCGGCCACUCAACACAGUGCGGAGUUGUGUGCGUUUGAACUGCAGUUUGAGUGUUCGGGAUGGAAGACCGUAUGUAAUGAUUCCACAAGAGAUUCCAUUUGGAUGGCAAUGGAUAAGGAUAUUAAUAAUAAUAAUAAUAAUAAUAAUAAUAAUAUUAAUAAUAAUAAUAAUAAUAAUAAUAAUAUUAAUAUUAAUGGUAUUAAGAAUACGACGGAUGGAGUGUGUCCAGUGUGUAGUCCGGAGGAUCAGGAGAAGAUCAAUGGGUUUACAUCUACCUGUGAGGGAGUUGUGCGGAAAGUAAUCGCCGAUCACAUGAAAGAAGUACUGCCGAUUGGAUUCGCCAUCACUGCAGUCGCAUUCAUUGGGAUGAUUGUGACUUGUCUGCUGCAGCACAAGACCAGAGAUGAUGGUCCUUACAUUGGACGCUACUACCGUGUGUAA